UGGGCUUUGGGGUUUUAGACUCUAAACCAGUGGAAAGCUUCUUAUGAAGCCAAACCAAACAAGUAAAACAUUGAAUUCAGCAAAAAUGGACAUUUCUUUUCACAUCUCUGCGUCUUAAUCUUGGUUCAGUUCUGGGUUGGCUUUUUUUCAAGAUAAAAAGAAAUCAUCACAGAAUCAUUCAAGAAAUACUGCAAUUAUCCUAAGGUUGUUCUAAUUCAUGGGAAUGGUGGGUUCUUGCUUCAGUGCCCGAAUUAAGGCAGAGAGCUCUCCCUGUGCUGCAAAAGAGUUGAGUCCUGGGAAUGGGAAUUACUUUCUCGGGUCAUCAGCACUUGCAACUUUUACUUAUAAUGACCUACGAGCAGCCACCAGAAAUUUUCGACCCGAUAGUAUGCUGGGAGAAGGAGGCUUCGGUUCUGUCUUUAAGGGAUGGGUUGAGAAGAAUACAUUCAAGGCAGCCAAGCCUGGGUCUGGUUUGGUAAUUGCAGUUAAGAGACUUAAUCAAGAAAGCUUUCAAGGUCACAGGGAAUGGCUGACAGAGAUAACUUACUUGGGGCAGUUAAGUCAUCCCAAUCUUGUAAAAUUAAUAGGUUACUGCGUGGAGGAUGACCAGAGACUUUUGGUCUAUGAGUUCAUGCCUCGGGGUAGUUUGGAAAACCAUCUAUUCAGAAGGAGUACGUACUUCCAACCAAUAACUUGGAGUCUGAGGAUGAAGGUUGCUCUUGGUGCAGCAAAGGGGCUUGCAUAUCUUCAUGGCCCAGAAGCUAAAGUUAUAUAUAGGGAUUUCAAAUCAUCUAACGUCCUGCUUGACUUUAACUACAAUGCAAAACUUUCUGAUUUCGGAUUGGCAAAGGAUGGGCCAGUUGAUGGACAAAGUCAUGUCUCAACUAGAGUUAUGGGUACUUAUGGCUAUGCAGCUCCGGAGUAUAUUGCCACUGGUCACUUGUCUCCGAAGAGCGAUGUAUACAGUUUUGGGGUUGUACUCCUGGAAAUGCUGACUGGGCGUCGUGUUUUGGACAAAAACAGACCAAAUGGGGAACAAAAACUUAUAGAUUGGGCAACGCCAUACCUUGCCAACAAGCGUAAAAUUCUUAAAGUGAUGGAUUCUCGUAUUGAAGGGCAGUACUCAACAAUCACGGCACUUAGAGCAGCACUCCUUGCGGUGAGGUGCCUAUCAAACAACCCCAACUUAAGGCCUGACAUGGACGAGGUCGUUGAUGAGCUGGCACAACUGCAAGAGUCCAG